UGGGGCUUCCAGGUGCCCGGCGCGAAGGCGGAGCCGACAGCAGCCGCCUCCGCGGCGCCACCGAGACCCCCGGGAGUUCGGCGGGUCCCAGCGCUCAGGCUGCAUCCCUGCAUCCCCGCAUCCCCAGCCGCGGCUCCAGCAUCCCGGAUCUCAGCGAUCCCCGCGAUCCUCUCUCGCGUGGGGCGUGGGGCCCGAGACUCUCCAGCACAGUGCAAGCAGGCGGCCGCGGACGCCACAACCAUGACCGCCGGGCCCCCAGCGCUCUGGGCGGCUGCGCUGCUCCUGCUGGGUCUGCCGCGCCUCCCGGUGCGGGCGGAUGGGAAGCUCUUUGUAUUGGAGUCUCAGAAUGGCUCUCAGGGCCUAGAGCUGGAGGCAGCUCGGCUGUCCUGCAGGAGCAAGGGUGCUCACCUGGUGUCUGCUGAGGAGCUGAAGAGGGUGGUCCAGGACUGUACCUUUGCUGUGUGCACAACAGGCUGGCUGGCUGAUGGAUCGCUUGGGACAACUGUGUGUAGCAAAGGGAGUGGUGAACAGCAAAUCACGAGAGCUGUUGAUGUGAGAAUCGACAGCAAUCCUGUUCCUGGUGGCAUGUACAAUGCUCUUUGUAUCAAGGAUGAAGAGAGGCCAUGUGGAGACCCACCUUCGUUCCCACACACCAUCCUCCAGGGUCGCACUGGCUUGGAGAUGGGGGAUGAACUACUGUACGUGUGUGCCCCAGGGCCCAUCGCAGGUCAUCGAGAAACUGCCUUCACUUUACUGUGUAACAGCUGUGGAGAGUGGUAUGGCCUGGUACAGGCCUGCGGGAAAGAUGAGGCUGAGGCGCAUAUUGACUAUGAAGACAAUUUCCCUGAUGACAGAUCAGUGUCAUUCAGGGAGCUCAUGGAAGACUCUCGAGCAGAGGUAGAAGAGGAGAAGGGUCAAGAGGACGCCUCUGAAGAGACACCAAAACAAGAUCGUCUGGUCUUCAUUUCGGUGACAAAAGAAAACACAGCCCAGGAAAAAGCCUUUGUACCAACUACAGGCUUGCCUGGUGCUGGACACAGUGUCCACACAGAUUGGCCAAGAUCCCGACUAAAUCCAAAGUACUCCCUCUGGCUUCCUGCUGAGGCUUUCCACAAGCCAGAUUUGGAAAAGGAAGUGGGUGAUGAGACCAAAAAGCUGUUUCCUGCCAGAGACAAUCACAAUGGAGGGAAACUGGCCCCAGGUGAGACUGAAACUAGGCUGACUUAUGCCAGCACGGACAGGCCGUCAGAGCCAUUUGUGGACAGGAAUGACAGCAAGGCAGAGGACCCAGUGGUGAGCAGCAGCGAUGAUUCCUGGUUAGAUGGCUACCCUGUGACAGAUGGGGCCUGGAGGAAGGCAGAGGCGGAAGGGGAGGAUGAUGGGGACAAGGGGGAUGGAUCAGUAGGACUGCGUGAAAGUGUUCCUGUGACCCCUGACCAGCCCAUUCUUGGGAAGGUUAAUGAGCACAGGAAUGCCACCGUCACCCCGAGUGAGUCUGUGAUGCACAGUUCAAUCAGUCCAUCUCAAAUGCUUGAUGUAGAGGCUCUGGUUCCAGGACUCAUGAAUGUGUCUGAGACCGAGGGUCCCUACCCCAGGGAUGGUGAUUUGACUAAGUAUCAAUCAUCCGUACCUCGGAGCGUCACCACCAUACCCUAUGAACUCCCCAACUCCACCCUGGAGCCAGUACCAACAACUGCUGUUCAGCAGAUGUCUAACCACAUCCCCUCAACUAACAUGGAGGCCACCCAGCCUCCAGUGGAAACAACAGCUCCCGAGGUCCAAGAUAGCUUCCCGUAUCUGCUAUCUGAGGACUCCUUAGGACAGGAGGGCCCUGGUGCAAGUGAGGAAGAGCUUCUUCCAACCUUGAAGCCAUGUGUGGGAGAUGAGUGUCCCAGCUUCAGCAGAGGCCCUGUGAUCGCCACCACUGUCACUGUCCUGUGCCUGCUGCUGCUCCUGGCAGGCAUGGGGGCUGUGUGGGGCUACCGCAGAUGCCAGCACAAGAACUCUGUGUACAAGCUGAAUGUUGGACAGCGGCAGGCUCGGCACUACCAUCAGCAGAUUGAGAUGGAGAAGGUCUAGUCUCCAUCAGCGUGGGCUCUUGCAAAGCCACUGGGAGGAAGAUUAACUGUGAUAUAUCACACUGAUAAUUCUCAAGAGCAGAGGUGGAAAGGGCUCAUCCUUUUAAAGUUCAAGUCUUUUUUUCUAUAGGCUGAGAAGUGUCUCUGGAGGCACAUAGUGGGACAAGAAGGGUUUGGUGGCAUCAGCACACAUGUCAAUGUUAGCUCGACCACCUACCCCGGACCUCUACUUUUGGCUUAAUGCCAAUAUAAGGGUUUUUGUUUUUUUGAAAUUACCUCUUCUUUCAUCCAACUAUUGUCUUUUCAUUUUUAAAGAAAGAAAAUCACCAACUCCAUGCUCUGGAUUAUUUGAACUAGUUUUAGGGCCAUGCAUUUGAGGGCCAUGUUGAUAAACCACAAGCUUAAGGGCCAUGUUGCUAAGGCAUAGAUAUUCAAUUGUGGAGCAGGACAUGGAAGAAAAAUGAGUUAUUCCCUUUUAACAUAAUGUUGUUGAGGACGAAUGGUGUCAAGAGCCAGGACACAGUUUAUGAACUUUGGAGUUUCUUUUUGUUUGUUGGAAUUGGAGAGUUUAAGACUGACAUUUUGCCUUGGAGUACAAGGAAUGAAGAGACAUGCCCACCUCUGCUCCCACCAUUGUGGGACAGCCCGUCAUUUUCUUCUAAAACCAAGGUGACUUUUGUACCAGUGAGACAUUUUCUCAAGUUGUCCUUGCCUGGCCUGGGCCUACAAAUGUCUUUGAAUUUCUGCCAGGGUCAAUAAUGAAACUCAACUCUUAGUUUCCUCUCUCAGGGCUAAUUGUUUCUUCAAACUAAAAUAAGAAGGAAUGAUACAGAAGGAAAGAAUGUUUAAAGAAGGCCAAAAACUGGGGUACCAAGCUGGGUAUCCACUUGAUGGAGAAGAGGAGGAAUUAAAAUGGAUGUAGAAUGACCUGGACUGAUCUGUUCCUCACUUGUGUGAGGAAUCCAUCCCAGCCAUGUCCCAUCACCUCAACCAUUGGAUGGUGACUCAAUGUAUGUUGUUUAGGACAGUAGCUCUGGAAAGUGGUUCUCAGACUACCACCAGCAGUUCCUGGGGCAUUUGUUGAAGUUGUAAAUUCUUUAGUCUCAUCCAGUCUCAGGAAGUAGAACCCUAGGGCAGGGCCAGCUCUGUUCUAACAGACCCUCCAGGUAAAUCUGAUGUACAUUCAAGUUGAGAGCCAUUGGCUUCUGUCAUCCAUUGUGAGUUUGGGGCCAGGGGAAGGCCUGGAGACACGGGUCAUGAGUAGGACACGUGCCUGCUUGAAGUCCACAUCACCACUUGCAUGAGAGGCAGUAUAUAAAGCUGCCCAAGUGACACCUCCAGCCAUCUCCAGGAUGUUAGCCCAGAAGUAAACACUUCAUAUUUUUCUAUCUGAGUCACUUUCUUGGAAGUAAAUCUUCAGAGGUGAUAAAGGUCAUACAUUUAUUCUGAGACACCAUGGAAGUGUCUAUUUUUUUGUGGCACAAGAAAUCUUGCUGUAUAUAUGUAUCUUACAAUUGAAAACUGAGUGGGCUGGGGAUUGACUCAGUGAUACAGCAUUUCUAACAGGUAAAAAGCCCUGCAUUCAAUCCCCAGCACUGCAAAAAAACAAAAAACAAAAGGAAAAAACAGUGAUAGUAUUUUACCUAAGGAAGAAGAAAGUUCUCACAAUGUGUUUUCUACUCUGUCAUUUGUUUGAUGUAAGCUUUGGGGAAAUAAUAGACUGAGCAGCUACAAAGCAGCACAGUGUAAUCAGAGUUCUUAAUCACCAUCAUUGGGUCAAAUGAAGGCCUGAAGGAAGCAGCUGGAAUACCUACGCACCAACUGAAAUGUGGAAUAAUAGGAAGAAGUGCUUUCUGCAUGUAGCCAAAGCAGAACACAAGGGAACAAACCCAGAGACUGUAUAUAUUUUUUAAUUAGAGUCUAAUCUAUUGUGAGAUAAUGUUUCUAUUUUUAUUAAUAGCUAUAUAAAAUAAUCUCUGUCUCAACAUGAGAAUUCUGUGAGUAACUGUUAUUAACC